UGCAACCAAGUCAUCCGAGACUGAAAAUAUUUGAUUAUGUGACUUAAUCAUAUCUCUGUAAUUAGGUGCCGAAGGCUGUCAAUGUUUAUUUACUGUCAACUAAUACUAUUUAUGCAUAUUCAUUUCUGCUCCUUUAAUAUUUUCAGUGAACUCAAAACCAGAAAUAGGAUCAGUGAAUUGGAGACCAGAAUCAAGAUCAGAUGGAGAAGCAUCAUGUGGAGGGAUUCUGAGAGGUGACAGUGGACAUUUUACCAGCCCCAAUUACCCAGAAAAUUAUCCAAAUAAUGCACAAUGCACCUGGUACAUACAUGUGGGCAAUAAUCAAAAAAUAAUGUUGAAUUUCACUGACAUUAAUGUGAUAACUGCAAUGAAUUGCAAACUUGAUUAUAUUGAGAUUUAUGACGGACCUUCAAUAAAUGAUGCUUUGCUUGGAAGAACAUGUCGAAAAGCUGACGCUAUAUUUACAUCAUCAUUCAACAGAAUGACUGUUCAUUUUCAAUCUGCAUUCAGCAUUGCGAGACGGGGCUUUGCUGCAUAUUAUAUCUCCAUGCCAGCUGGAGUGGAGUGUGGAGGGCUUUUAAUGGCUGAGAAUGGAUCUUUUUCCAGCCCCAGUUAUCCACUCCAAUAUGAAAAUAAUGUGGAAUGCAUUUGGCUUAUACAUGUGCACAAUAAUCAAAGAAUAAGGUUGGAUUUCAGUGAAAUUAGGCUGGAAGAUUCAUCAGGUUGCAAAACUGAUUAUAUUAUGAUUUUUGAUGGGCCUUCAAAAAGCUCCCCCCUGAUCGCAAAAAGAUGCAGUGGAUCAGAACUAUCAUUUAUAUCAUCAUCCAAUAACGUGACAAUUUAUUUUAAAGCUGAUCAUUUUGGAACUGAUUACGGCUUUACCGCAAAUUACUAUUCUCUGCCAAUGUAAAACAAACUGGCAAAAAAACACACACAACUUAGAAGAUAACUAUUAAUUUUGAUUAUCCAUUUCCUUAUCUUUGAUGCAGUGGCUUCAUUCAUUUAUUAGUCAUCACGAAACUAGACCUAGACAUGAAACUUCAGAGAGGAUAUUCUUAUCAAUAGCUAUGAGGCAUAAUUCUCAGCAAAACAAUCAAC